AUGUCAGAGUUAGGGAUGUACUUUGGGAUCGCCAUCGCCUGUCUCACUCUGCUGGGAGUCUGCGGCGGGAUCCUGUACAGCAAAUACCGUCAGGAUAUGCGAGCCAAAGUCGCCCAGGAGCUACAGAUCCAGGAACGACUCCAACAAGUCGCAGAUUUGAACCUGCCGCCGUUCUAUGUCGACCAUGAGUUGGACCCGGUCUGCAUCUAUGAACAUGAACUGCCGCCAGAUGUGUUGCCUCCAGAGCAGCCCAUCUUUGUUCACUCUGCCUUCUCGGAUGAGGGCAUGUUGAUUCCACUCGAGGACGAUCCCCUUUUCGCUCAGGGCAACGGCAGUACUGCUCGAUCACCCGAGAGCCCAUCUGCCAACAACCAACAUGCUAUGCUUUUCUCUCCAGCUAUCAUGUCUACUGCAGGAACUACAGGUGAAGGAGUGACAAGCCCAGGAGUAGAAGAGUACAUUGGCCUUGCAAUCAGGCCCGCGCCACUAGCCGCCGCCGCCAUGUCACCAUCUCCUCGCCCCACAUCACCCUCCUCAACCUUCUCAGUCUCGUCAGGCCCAGUCCCUCGCCGCAUCAACCAAGAGAUGCUGAACCUCGCCCGAGUCCGUGCGCCACCCUCCUACGACGUCCCCAACGUCGUCGUCGACAGAUCGCCACUCUACCACCCUUCCACUCAUUCUCCCCACUCUGCCUUUUCGCCUUCUACUCAGUACUCUGAGGAUGGCCAACAUCAAGGGCAGCACGAAUACUUUGGAAAUGUCCGACUCCGCGCCCAUACAAUUUCUCAUCCUUCUUCGUCAGCUCCGCUGAACCAGUCGUUCAUGCAGCAGCUUCAAAGGGAACAUCAACAACACCAGCAACACCAGCAACAUACAGAAGGAGGAGGAGAGGAAGGCGAGGAAGAUCUGCCAUCGACACCUCGGUACUCACUCGAGUUCUCGUCAGAUGUUCCACACGAACACCAUCUGGAACACCACCAACGCUCCCGAGCCGAUUACGACAACUUUGUGUUAGGAUCCCCUCCAUCCUCCCACUCCCUUUCCCCUUUACCCCAAGCUCUCAGCCCCGCUUCCUUCUCUCCACGAUCCUCCUGGGACUACAGCGAACGGGACAGCAACAACGCCAUCAGGCUAAACGAUAGUACACCUUCAAUUUCCUCCCUCCCGGGCAGCCAUUCUUCCUCCCCACUCCUGAUGUUCGAAAUUACCACGACUACAAGGACACCAAGACGCUCACCAGGACUACGCGCAAGGGCGUCGACGUUGGGCGAGUCGUCUAAGGCGCUGAUGCUGAGGAUGCAUUCGCUCUUGAGGAAUUCUACUUCUUAUUCUGGGUCGAGGGAUUCUACACCUGCCACCAGUCCCCGUCUUGGUCCUGCUGACAGUUCGGUAUCUUCUUCUUCUGCGCAAGGUGCUGCUAUGCCGAUGGUGGGGUUGGGAUUAGAAUAUGGCGGGCAUGUCGCACCUGAACCGCUGCAGCUGGAUCAGACAGAGACACAGGAACAGGAACAGGAACAGGAACAGGUGCAUGACCAAGUUAUUGUAGUAGUCGACGAGCCUGAAGAAGACACCAGCGAUAUCGCUCUUCCUCCUUCUACUGCACCCUCAAGACCGACCUCCCGAUACACUCUCCCUUCAACCGUCCCCGUCACCAGCGACAGCGAACAAGAGCAAGAAUCGGCAGUCGAGGAAGAGGUUGCAGGGGAAGAAGAGAAAGCAGAGGAAGAUGAAGAAGAUGAGAGUGUUUCAAGAACACAGCGUCAACUCACUCCUCCUGAGCCCAUGCAGCCCAUCCCUAUGCCCCUUGCCGUCUCCUAG